AACAGCAAAGGAAAAGAAGCAAGGAGGCAUCCUGAAACCCGCCGCCCCCGCCCCCCUGAAACUGAAAAAACACAAAAGAGCAGUGGGCAGCGGGAGGGAAGGAUUGAACUAAUUUUUCUCUGGUUUUUCUUUGAUUUUAAGUUUGAUUUGAUUGUUGGUAUAAUCUCAUUGAUGGGUUUUUGUCAGAUUCGUUUGUUCUUUCUGAUUUGAGAGGAAAAAAAAAAUUCUUUCUUCUCUUUUUUCUUAGACUAAGACUAAUCACAAAGACUCUGAAGACAGACCGUUUAUUCUCUCUUUUCUUUUUCCCUCGAAAAGAAGAGUUUACACAGAGAAUAGAGAAGGGGGAGAAAGUGAGGCGCGCUUUGUAAAGACCGUCAUUGAUAACAAGUACGAAAGACCAUUUGGAGAGAAGAGGUUAAAGUAAUUAAGAAAAAAUGAAGUACGUAUUAGUGACUGGUGGUGUGGUUAGUGGACUGGGCAAAGGUGUUACUGCUAGUAGUAUUGGUGUUCUCCUUAAAGACUGUGGCCUGCGUGUAACUUCUAUCAAGAUUGACCCUUAUCUAAAUACCGAUGCGGGAACCAUGUCUCCUUUUGAGCAUGGGGAAGUCUUUGUAUUAGAUGAUGGUGGUGAGGUUGACUUGGACCUUGGCAAUUAUGAACGGUUUCUAGACAUCAAGCUAACCCGUGACAAUAAUAUCACAACUGGAAAGAUAUAUCAGUCUGUGAUUGACAAGGAGAGAAGAGGAGAUUACCUUGGAAAAACAGUACAGGUAGUUCCACACAUUACUGAUGCCAUCCAAGAAUGGAUAGAGCGUGUAGCCAUGGUACCAGUGGAUGGAAAGGAAGGUCCAGUUGAUGUUUGUGUCAUUGAAUUAGGUGGAACAAUAGGCGACAUUGAAUCUAUGCCUUUCAUUGAAGCACUUGGACAAUUUUCUUACCGUGUAGGCCCUGGGAAUUUCUGCUUGAUCCAUGUCAGCCUUGUGCCUGUUAUCAAUGCGGUUGGUGAACAGAAAACAAAGCCUACCCAGCACAGUGUUAGAGGACUAAGAGGACUUGGGCUGACACCAAAUAUUUUAGCAUGUCGUAGUUCAAAGGAGCUUGAUGAGAAUGUUAAGUUAAAGCUCUCUCAAUUUUGCCAUGUUCCGGCCGCAAAUAUUGUCACUCUAUAUGAUGUUCCAAACAUUUGGCAUAUUCCUUUGCUACUGAGAGAUCAGAAGGCACAUGAAUCAAUCUUGAAAGAGCUGAACCUUCUAGGUGUUACCAGGCAGCCGGACUUGCAGGAGUGGACUGCUAGGACAAAAAUUUGUGACAUGCUGCAUGAUCCUGUUAGAAUUGCUAUGGUUGGAAAAUAUACAGGCCUUUCCGAUUCCUACCUCUCUGUUUUAAAGGCUCUUUUGCAUGCUUCUGUUGCUUGCCGCCGGAAGCUUAUUGUAGAAUGGGUUGCAGCAGGUGAUCUAGAAGACAUUACUGCUAAAGAGGCUCCUGAAGUUUAUAAAGCUGCAUGGGAUCUUUUAAAGGGAGCUGAUGGUGUUCUAGUUCCAGGAGGGUUUGGUGAUAGAGGAGUGCAAGGAAAGACUCUUGCUGCAAAGUAUGCUCGUGAGAACAAUGUUCCAUUUCUUGGCAUUUGCUUGGGGAUGCAAAUUGCUGUCAUUGAAUUUGCCAGAUCUGUUCUUGGUUUGCAUGAUGCAAAUAGUACUGAAUUUGAUCCUGAAACUUCAAAUCCUUGUGUCAUAUUUAUGCCUGAGGGUUCAAAAACUCACAUGGGAGGAACUAUGCGCCUCGGAUCAAGGAGGACUUAUUUCAAGAUUCCUGAUUGUAAAUCUGCUAAGUUGUAUGAUAAUGCUAGCUUUGUUGAUGAGCGGCAUCGACAUAGAUACGAGGUCAAUCCUGAUAUGAUAUCACAAUUUGAAAAUGCCGGUUUAUCAUUUGUUGGCAGAGAUGAAACUGGUAGGCGCAUGGAGAUUAUUGAAUUGCAUGGUCAUCCUUACUUCAUAGGUGUUCAGUUCCACCCUGAAUUCAAAUCUAGACCAGGGAAACCUUCUGCUCUUUUCCUAGGACUUAUAGCAGCAGCAUGUGGGCAGUUGGAUGCGGUCCUACAAAAUAACGGCCAUGCAAAUAAGGUGUUACCAAAUGGAAUAAGCAACGGGAAAUCAACAGUGAAAGCCUACCAAAAUGGAAAUGGCAUUAAGUCUUGCAAUGGCUACUUAAACGGUGUGUAUAGCAAUGGUAAUGGUGUGCAUUUUUAAGGAAGCACAAUGGAUUGGGCAAUGCACCUCUGGUUAUGGUAUCAGUUCUUUCGAAGCACUUUUGGUUGUCUUCGGUUCAGUUUGUACAGCAGCUGAGAAUGGGUGGACAUUUUUUUGUUUCUUAAGUGACUUAUCUUAGGAUGAAGCUAGACUAUGAAAGGUAAAAGCUUGUAGUCUCCACUUACCGGUGAAAUGUGGGCUUUAAGGUACUGCAUCACCCUCUUUGAUGCACUAAGUGUCCUUUUUGUGGAAUUUUGGCAUAUGGUACUAAUGUUUCUUAGGGCCAUUACAGAAAUCAAUGUUGGUUGAACUUUAAUUACUAUGGCAUCAAGUGUGCAUCUCUUCAACAUUUCUCUUUAGUUUCUAUACCUGUCUUGUUUUCUUUUUUGAGAAAAGUACCUUUCUAAUUUUGGAAGGGGCAAGUAAUGUGUAAACUUGUGUUGUUCGAGAUCAUUCUAAAAUUGGCCUGUUAUUUGGGUUUGUCUAGUCCACUUCGGAAUUGGUAUUAGAAUGGUAAUUAUUGUCUAAAUUAAUAA